AUGCCAGCGCGGGUGUUUGAAGCCAACGCGUGUUUGGCCAAGUUUGGACGAACUCAUGACGACUUCGACCUGCAUGUCGUGUGGAUGUUGAAUGCCGUGGCCACGAUGACGAUGGUGGCCGCUGAUGGGCGAGGGUUCACGCGCUACAAAGACCGCAUGCGCGAAGGCAAUCCAGGUUGUUACAUUACCGUGUUCGUGUACUCGUUGUUGCGACCAAACGCGGGUCGGCAAAAGAAUCCGCGUGUGGGAUGGCCGACGACUGUGGGGGCCUUGGCCGGGCCUUUGGCUGAUUUUGCUUUGACCCGUCGAUCGAUUUACGGGCGACUAUCCGCCGAGCUUGUCGCGCGGAUCGCUGUUCGCACAGGAACGCGGCGUGAACGCGAGAUGAACCGUCUGCGACGGCUAGCUGUCGUCCGCCCUUCGUCCAUUUCGACUGCACCACCCGUGGUGCGGUCGAGUGUAGUGUCAACGACGACGUGGGUGGCGCCGUCGAUUUCGCGAGCAGGGGUGGUGGGAGCGUCUCCCCUACCAACGGGAAGGACGCGGAAUCUCCCAGAGGAUCCGCGGCUGGUUGGGCGGCAAGAGUCGGGUCGGUCGAUGGUGCUGGAUCGCGACCGUGGGUAUGGGGGAAUGAAGGCGGAACCUGCUGCGGCGGCGCCGGUGCAAGGCCAACGUCCAAUACUGCCGGCGUUUCGGAUGGAGCGCGCCCGCCUGAGGGCGGAGGCGAUGGAGUGGCGGGAAAACCUGGAAGAGCGUCAGGUGCCAGCGCACAUCGUGGCACCGUCGCCUCCGGCCGAAGAGCAGCGUCCGGCGGAAGAAAACGACCAAGGGGAGGGGUAG